CAGCAGCAGCAGCGGCAGCACAGACCCUCCGUCAGACACCAACACACCGUGAGCACUGACACCGAGAGGCGGACCGACAGCCGCGGGGAUGUGAGUGAGACGGAUCCGCGCGCUCGGCUGGACGCGGUGGAGCUUGUGCUGUGCGAGAAUGACAGUGAACGCACCAUCCAAAGGAUCAAAGGAAACCUGCUCAGGAAUAUCCCGCGUUGAAUCGUGAUUACUGCUUUAAUUAUUGAUUUUUUUUAAUUGAUUUUUUUUAUUAAUUUGGUGGUCGGUGGAUUAAGCAUCAUGCCUCCGCCCCAGAGCCUCCAAUCCAGCGGACUGUCCCUGUCAGAAACAAGCAUGGGCUCCUUUAAGAGGAGAAAGAGGAAAUCCAUUAUAGUGACGGUGAUGUUGCUCAUCGUGUCUGUGCUCAUCCUCGUCUUUGGCAUAGCAGCGACGACCAGGACGCAGAACAUCACAGUGGGCGGCUACUACCCAGGAGUCAUUCUGGGCUUUGGCUCUUUCCUGGGAAUUAUCGGCGCUCAUUUGAUAGAGAACAAGAGGCAGAUGUUGGUGGCAUCAAUCGUCUUCAUCAGUUUCGGAGUGGUGGCCGCCUUCUGCUGCGCUAUUGUCGAUGGAGUGUUUGCUGCGAGGCACAUUGACCUCCGGCCUCUGUACGCCGGACGCUGUGACUAUCACUCCAGUGAGACGGCGUCUGAUCGGGACGUGCCCUGCCAGACGUCGGGGCGCACGUCCUGCAACCUGCGCGUGAGGAGCAACACCUGCUACUGCUGCGACCUCUACCACUGCGGAAAACAACAUCCUCUUAUGGGACUUCAGAAUAAAGAUGUUUUGAAAAAGUUUAGGAAAUCAUCCAUGAUUUGGAACCGUGUGGAGGUGAUCGGAGGCUACCACGAGUACACAGAUGUGAAGAGCUGCCAGGACGUCGUGCACCUCUACCACCUGCUGUGGUCGGCCACCAUCCUCAACAUCGUGGCCCUGUUCCUGGGCAUCAUCACUGCCGCAGUACUGGGAGGCUUCAAGGACAUGAUUCCAUCUACGGCCUCAGAAAGCUCAUCUGAACCAGAGGCCAUCGCAGUUCCGGUCCGCUCAGAACCUCCUCGACCCACUACCACCACUCUCAACUCCCACUACAACACUGCCCCCUGCCUGCCGCCUUACACCGCCUACGACCUGCAGGGCUCCUACACGCUCCCCGACGGCCUGUCCGACGACUCCCAGUCCGGAGCCAGCCACCUCUGGCCCACUAUGGUUCCUCCACGCUACUCCCCCCCUCACAACCAUCCCGAUGAGAAGCCCCCGCCAUACAGCCCCUAAGAUGGCUCAGGGCAACAAAAAAACCCACCUGAAGUGUUGUCAGCGUGUUGUUGGAUGCUGAGUGAGUGGUUUGGAUGCACAACAUGUCGGGGCUUUCCCCUCACAAUCGCUGGGAGCUGCGGGGGGGGGAAAGGUGGUGAGGGGGACGAUGGCCACAGAGCACACAAACUUUGGGUUCAGCCUAACACAUGGGGGCACGUGUGUGUCUCCCAGGGCACCACUCACACUCUGGCCUGCACUGUUUGUGUGUGAGUGUGUGAGUGUGUGAGUGUGUGAGUGUGUGAGUGUGUGAGUGCGUGUGUGCGUGUGUGCGUGUGUGUGUAAGUGUGUGUGUGUGUGCACAUACACGUCGAGAGCGAGACAACCAGUUCAAAGCCGGGACCGUUUACACAUCUAUCUGCCUUAAUGCAAACAGACUUCCAGAGCUGCAGCACCUAGAUGUUGUGUAUGUCUGUACAAGGUCAGAACAACAAAGCUCGUGUUUUACGUCCACCUCUGUUUAUUACAUUGUGUAAAUGCUUCCUGCCUCAAGUGGUGCUGAAGGUCACCACUGCCCGCACUGGGAGGAUCUGGACCGGUUAGCACAACUACGACCUUCAUGUGACCUGAAUCAGCUGGAGUUUAAAUUUAAAACUGUUGUGUCGUAGAGGUCCAAGCAGUCGUUCCUUUAGCGGUUGUUAGCCUCAUUGUGCAUUAUCGAAGGUAACGUUAGCAGUAACGGAGGUAUUACAUUCUCAAAGUAAAGAAAUAAAGAUGCUCCUGUAGCAUUUAGGUGCGCCCACAGAUCACGAUAUCUAUUUAUCUACUAGUCAAUUAUUUUCAAGAAUAGUCUGAUCAAUGUGCGAUGAAGAAACAAGCUAUUCUACCUUCAGUAGCCUGGUUGUCAAUAAGAAAGUUAACAAUGACACUCUAAGUAGCACUAACGUCACAUCGUCAGGCUGAGGUGUGUGUUUCUCUGUCAGGAAUGAUCCCUGGUGAGGCCGAGGGUGAAGAGUCGGUGCUGGACUCACUGACAGGAGGCGGGAGCUCAUCCAGUCAGAAGUGUAAACCUCGCUCCGUGUCCGUCAAGCUUUAAUCAGUGUUGUUUAUCAUUUACAUUUUAAAGAACACAUUCUCUCUGGGGCUGAUAAAGGUUCACUCAGUUCCUUUGUUUAUUUUGUCUUGCCAUUAAAAAACGUUUUGUGUAACUCA